AUGGUAUGGGGACGCAAGGCAGUACACGAGCGUGCCAUAGCGUUCGUGGUCAUCGUCAUCAUAUGGGUCUUCGUCGUCCUCUACGCAGUUUUACGCUCAAAAUUGAAGAACCACGAGCUGCCAACACCAUUCUGGUGCUGGAUCGGCGGCAAGGGUAAUCAGUACAUCGUCGACAAGCUCGUAGGCGAGUACCUCUGGAUGUGGCUCACGCUCAUCAUUUCCUUGGUGGCGUACAUACCACUCUUCCUGCUCAGCAGAGGAUACAUCUCUGUGCAUCCGGUUCAAUGGUGGAAAUUCAGCGUGCAUCGUCGCAAAAAAGGAGCCGGGCUCUCUGAUGCCAAACAAGCUGGCAUGGGACUACUCGCGUAUCCAAUAACGUAUUCGGUCGUGAUACUCCCGAUGUCCAUCGUGCGUUGGAUCAUGUUCGGCUCCUUGCGCUCCUCCUCCAUUCCUUCCGCGGCAACAUUGGCGGUCGUCACCAUUUUCCAUCUGAGUGGUGCAGUUAACGUCCUCUUACUCAUUUUCGCCCGCCCUGGGCUGCUGCUCCUUCGCCCCCGCUUACGCCUGCGGGAACCCGUGAUUUCUACGGUUCAUUCCAAUAGCCGCAUCACAGUCGAUGUUGAGCUGGCAGACGGCGGCAUUCAACGCAAGCAACCCGAAUGGCAAUAG